GUUGUUAUGUGCAUUGCAAUAAUAUUGCAUUACGACUACCUCCGAUCUCCGACACUUGUACUAUAGCAGCUGCAGGACGUAGCAUAAUAUUAUUAUUAAUAUUAUCGAGUAAAAGCGUCGCACGCACUGACGCGCGCCGUAAGCUCGUCUUCUCAACUUCACGGUCACACACACUCACACACACACACCGUGACUGUGUGCCGUCCGUCGCCAGUACACACGAACAGUUGUGCGUUGUGCGGUCGUCUCGAUGACGAUGUCCGUUGAUGACGGAGUCCCGUCGGCCGUAGCGAUUCGGUAGGACUGCGCCAAGACCGUGAGUCCCGUCGUAACCGCGACAGCCCGCCGACGGCAGUACAAUAUAACGUCGUCGUGAUCGUCUUUUUUUCCGAGUUCAUACCACGGCAGUAGUUCCUUUUCCGAGCGUCGAGCCCGCCCGUCGAGUGAACGGCGACGGAGGAGGUCGCCUGUCGCGCGCGUCCGCGUCGUCGGUUCAAGGCGAACCGGCUGCAGUCGUCUGUGUUUUUAAACGGCCAGUAGGUCGCUCGCAGCGGACCGCUCACAGUCUCUGCACGACGGCAGAGCGACGAUCAUGGUCGGCGGCAUCGUCUGAUCGUCGCGUAUCUCGUUCGUCAGCGGCGGCGCGAGAGUGGACCGCGAGUGGCGACCACAACGACCGACGCACCACCCGGGGGUUGUGCGGCGCGGCGGCGGUGUCGGCUACGACGUCGACGUCGGCUUCGUGACAUAACUCAGAUCGACCGUCUUGUUCUUCCCCGGCGUGACCCGGGUGCUCGUUGCCGGUUGGAUUUCUUCCGUUGAUUGUCGUGGACAACCAUCACUCGUACUCGGCAUACCACUGCACUCGAGCAGUGAAAAGAGACUGCAUUUGGUAACUAACCAAAUUAAUCAUCAUCAACAUUGUUAUGUUUACGGCGGCACGGCGUUGCGUUUCUAACGCCUUGUCUGGUGUGUCAAUUUGUGGCUGUAAUCGACACAGCCCUAAUACAAUUGCUGGUUGUUACAUUAGGAAGCUAACUAGAACUGCCAAUAGUAACGGUGGUGGCUUUAAAGCUGUUGUCACUACAGCUCUUCUAUUCAUCAUGGGUGCUUUAUACUGUUUAUACGGUACUGGUGGAAGUACAGGUAGCACAGUUACACCUGUUGCUUAUGGUCAACAAUCAUUAGGAAGCAGUGAUUCGAUAAUCGGGAUGAAUCCAGAUGCGAUUGCAGACGUAGCAGCGAUGACUGGUGGAAAUUCACACACAAACCUGGGGUGUGGUGGCAACAACGGUAAGAAGCGACGGAGAAAACAGCAAAAGAUAAAACCACCUAGUGGUGUGGUGACUGCCGCUGAUAUGUAUGAGCCCGGAUUCCGCAUACGAAACGCAGGCCUCUGUUCAACUAACACUCGGUUAUUGGUACUGAUCACUUCAGCAGCGGCUCCAUCGCACUCUCAAAAUCGACAAGCCAUUCGUAUGACAUGGAUGAAUCGAUAUGGACCAAGUGUGAGUAUGGCGUUCCUAGUGGGUACACCACAAAUGUCUGAGACCGAUCCAGUGGCUCGAGUGCUGGAGGCCGAAGAACUAGCGCUAAAGACCCGUCUAAAUCAGCAUGAUAUCAAUAAUAACAUCAAACUGAAAGAAAAAGCCAAUUCUAAGCCAUCAGCAGCUGUGAUCCCUGCAGCGGCAGAUACGGUGGUAGAACCAUUGAAGAAUGAUGCUCCUGGGCCUUCCCGAUUUUUGCGAGACCGAGAACCAAAUUCUGGAGAAGGCUUAGAUGCGCAUGCUAUGCAUGGACUAAACGAAGCAGAGCGGGCAGUGCAACGAGUAUUAGGGCGAGAAUAUGGUCGGUAUGGUGACUUAGUUCAGUGCCAAUCUCGAGACACUUACACUAACUUGACCUUGAAAUCUAUCGCUGCUCUCGAAUGGACUCGUCAAUAUUGUCCGUGGGCUCGGUAUCUAUUAAAAACAGAUGACGAUAUGUUCAUCGACGUACGUAGGCUAUUGCGGUUCAUCAACAAAGUAGAAACCGAAUCUGUUACGGAAUCCAGUGUCAGUGGACUUCAUCCUCGCCCCCUUGAACCCGUACAUGACCCAUACGAAUUAUUCACCCUAGGUGCGGAUAUUUUUGAGUCUGGAGCCACCCCUAGUUUUGAUAUUGAACUGCCGCCUACCAUAUGGGGACGGCUAGCACACGGGUGGCGCCCGAUUCGACAACAUAACAGUAAAUAUUAUGUUUCUCGUACGCAAUAUACUGGUCGAGUAUAUCCCGAUUUUUGCACGGGGCCCGCAUACCUUAUGACUCGGUCGGCAGUUAGCCCUUUAUACGAGGCGGCAUUAGGCAAAGAUUUUGACGUGGUUGAUGAUGACGACGAAGAUGGUAAUCAGGAAAACAAAAAAAAUAUGAACGAAGAAGAUGAAGGUCCUGAAGUCAAAACAUAUUUAGGAAAAGACUGUGGCGAUGGUAAUCAGACUUUAGAUGAUGAUGAUAAAGCAUCAGCGAAUGUAUAUGUUAGCAAAAAUACCGUGCCAUACUUGAAACUUGAAGAUGUAUACUUAACUGGAGUAGUGGCAGAGCGACUAACGCGCCGGGCAACCGAGCGACAGGCGCGCCGAGAGCUCAAAGAAAAAGAAAGACUCGCUUCAAGUAACAAUAAUCAUAGCCAAAAAUCAAAUGAUGGUAAAGUAGUGACGAAUCAUAGUCACAGUGAUAGUGGUAAAAAUACGAGACUGAAAACAACAGAUAUAAUUGUGAAGGUGAGACGAAUCCAUGAUGAUCAAUUCGCAAACAAGAAAAUCACUGGUCGCGCAUUGGAUCGAGCUGUGUGCAAUGGUCUAAGCCCAAGCGAUUCUGUUGGUACUAAUAAUGGAAGCGGUGGAUUUAGUUGGUUCCGAUGGUAUUGGGGUGAUACUGCGUUGGACAAGGACAUAAAAAAAAAGAAAAAAGAUCAAGGAGUAAUUUCCUUGCACAUGGUUAAGUAUUACGAGCAAUUUGAAUUAUGGCGACGGCUAAUGGACGGUAGGACUAAGUGUAAGUCUUAACCCUCGUUUUCUAUGAAUUUGUGAAUUUUUACUUUUUUACCUUAAGGCAACCGUAACUAUAGCUUCUAUGUAUAAUAUAAACGCAGCAUAUACAUAGUCUCCCAGAUUAUUCUUUUUAUACUUUUUCUCAGCUCGCGAUUUUCUCAAUAUUUAUUUUUGUAUUGAUGACUUAAAAUUUGUCCCUUCCGGCUUCCAAUAAUUUUUUUACCGUUACUGAUGCCGGUAAAAAAUAUUUAUACAUAAGUGAAGUAAUUAAACCUAAAUAAUUAGAAACUAUUUUUACAAAUUAUGUAUUAUUUUUGUUCAUAUAAUAUAUGUUUGUAUAAUGUAUAUGAACACUGAACAGAAUGCAAUAAACAUUUAUUUAUAUCUGAUUAGGCAUCCAUUUUGAUUCCUAGUUAUGAUUAUGAUAUGAAUAUUAUCAUUUUUAUAUCCCUAAGUGAUUUAUUUAUUUAUAUGUACCAUAUUACCAUUCAGUUCUCUGUAUUAAAGUAUUAUUGUUGUAACAAAAUCAUAAACACUUUAGAAUAUAUAUUAUAUUUUUCAUUGUUAUCAUUAAGUACAAUCCUUUUUAGUAGUCCCUUUACUAAUAAUUUUUUUUAUUUAAGACUUAUGCCUUGACGCAAAAAUAACUCGUACAAACAAUGAUAUACUAUUAUGUUUAUACAUAUUUCUUUUUUAUAUCUACACCUAUUUUUUUUUUUGUACCAAUGUCAGGCUCACUAUUCCAUUUAAUGAACAAAUAAAACCCCACAACCAUUUAUAGAAUUAUUUUAUGUUAUACAUUUUUUAUUUUAUAUGAUAUAUUAGAUAUUUAUAUUUAUAUAGUUGACAAAUUGUAACAAAAUUUAUUUUAUAGACUAAAUAUAUAUGUAUGAAUGGUAUGUUUUAUUCAAAUGUAUAAUUUUUAUGCAAUAAAUUAUUUAAAAAUGGUCGCGAUAAUCAAAUUAUAUUAUAUGUAACUAUAUUAAAAUAGUUAAAAUUUUAAGAAAAAACUAAAUUUAAACUUAUAUUUAUAUUAUACUCAUUCAUUGAAUCUGUAUUAAUGUAUAAAUUAUAUACUUACAUAUGUUAUAUUUUGUGCUUCUCACAACUCACAAGUUAGGUUGUAAUAUUUGUAGGAAAAAAAAUAUUUUUAUUUUUAAAUACUAAAUACAUAACAUUCAUAAUGAUACAUCAUGAUUUAUUUAUAUUUUGGUUAUUUUUGAUAACUCUGUUAUCGUUUUAACAAAACAUAUUAAUGCUCAAGAGAUUUUACAUUUUAACUGAAAAAUCAACAUUUUUAAACUGUAUACUAUGUUUAAGUUUUGAUUGUACAUUGAACCACUUGCCCUUACUUCCGGGAAUCCUUAAAAUAAUGUCUACUAAAAAUAUCAAACUAUAGUUUUUUUAAAUUUAUUAUUAUAAUCUUUUUUAUUGAUUAUAAAAUAUAUUUCAAUUUAUAUUUUUAUAA